AUGGCGUGGUUCACAACUCUACCUCGAGGAUCGAUCACGAAUUUUUGUGAUUUCUCAUCAAAGUUCCUCGUCCAGUUUUCCGCCAGUAAAACCAAGCAGAUGACAAUUGAGGAUCUGGACAAUGUCCGCCAGUCCGAGGGCGAGACUCUGAAGCAAUACGUGAAACGAUUCAGCGCGACGUCCGUCAAGAUUGAGGAAUCAGAGCCGCAUGCUUGUGCGCGUGCCUUCAAGAACGGAUUGCAGCCGGGGAAGCUGAAUAGCAAAUUGAGUCGUAAGCCAGCUCGGUCCAUGGCAGAGAUCCGCGCGCGAGCGAACACCUACAUUCUGGACGAGGAGGAUGAUGCUUUCAAGCGAAGGCGCGCGAAAAAGGAGAAGGAUGGCGAACAGAGGGACGCAUCGCCAGAAGGAAAAUAG